AUGAAGUAUUUGGAGGAGUCGGCCAUCGGCUCCGACCGGGAGCGGAGGGCGGACUUCGAGAAGACGGUGGAGUCCGCCAUCAGGCAGGUGGCCCUAAAAAGAAAAAAGGCCAGCAAGGACGGCGCCAUUGAGGCCGCCACCGCCUCCAUCACCGCCGCAGCGGUGAGCAACUUUGGCCGGGCUCCCGUGAGCGAGCUGGCCAAACUGCAGCAGGAGGUGGCUCGUCUGACGGCCGCCCUGGAGUCUCUCGUGGAGGAGAACAGGAGUCUCCGGGCGGACCUCGCCAAGAUGCGCGAGCAGGAGGCGGAGCGCGGCGGGGCCAGGCAACAGGCGCAGACUGCGCCGGCUGAGAGCCAGAUCCUGGCCCUAGUCCGUCAGGAGAUGGCGGCCUUUCAGGCUCGCUUCUCAGUCCUGGAGGGCAGGGUUCUGCGCCCCCCCCUCGCGGCGUCGAAGCCCCCAGCGGCCCAAAGGGCCUCCUAUGCGGCUGCGGUUGCAGCGGCACCCCCACCCAGAAGGGGACCGCCGAGCAAGCCCCCUGUCGCGGCGCCGAACGGACCGACCAGGAGGGCGCCCGCUCAGCCAAAGCCCAAGACCGCAAGGGCGGUCCAGGCGCAGAGGCCCCCGGUGCCAACGUCAGCACCGGCUCCGUCGUCGGCACCAGUGGCGAAACGCCCUCCAAAGCCGACACCGUCUGCGGCCCCUACCUCUUCUGCCACUGAGUCUGAGUGGCAGGUGGUGGGGGAAAAGAAAAAGAGGCGGAGGGCGGCCAAAGCGGCCAAAAAGAAGGCCCAGAAACAGCGGCGCAGGGAGCGAGCCGCCGCGGCGAAACUCCGCGCCCCCAAAACCGCGGCUGUAGUAGUCACACUACAGCCGGACGCGGUCAAAAGGGGCGUGUCGUACCGCGACGUGCUCGCCCAAGCAAAGGAGGCGGUGAACCUGCAGGAGCUGGGUAUCGCCUCCGGCCUCCGCUGCCCCGUGACGGCGGCCAAGAACAUUGUUGACGGCCGAAGAUUGCUGGUCGGCUGGGUGUCGGCGCAGGUUAAGCUGCUUGACCCCAGACCGCUGAGGUGCUUCCGAUGCCACGUCGGGCAUCAUGUGGGUGUCCGUUGCACCUCGGAGGUCGACCGCAGCGCCCUCUGUUUCCGCUGCGGUCAGCCCGGUCACAAGGCCGUGGAAUGCAGCGCCACGCCGCACUGCUCUGCAUGUGCGGCUGCUGGCAAGCCGGCCGAACACCGGGCGGGGAGCAAGACCUGUGCCCCACCCGCCAAGCCGAGUAAGGGCAAGGGUCGGCCGUCCGUCGUUGCCACCGCCGCCACCUCCGCAGUGGCCACCACCGCAGCUCCUGCGGCCGCCGCCGCCCCCAACGCUGCCGCCGCUGUCGCCGUCGCCACUGCUGCUGCCGCAGCGCCCGCGUCUGAAGAGGAGGAAGACGUGAAGGAGUGCUAG